AUGGGCGAGCACAACCUGCUGAACCCCGGCUUCGUGGGGCCGCUGCUCAACAUCCACACGGGCGACGCCUUCUACUUCCCCAACUUCCGCGCCGCCUCCGGGCCGCAGCUGCCGGCGCUGCCGUCGCUGCCGUACCCGCGCCGCGACAACUUCGCCUCGCUGCCCGCCUGGGCCGCGCCCGCGGAGCCGUGCGCGCCCUACGCGCAGCCCUACCUGGGCUUCGGCCGCGCCUGCGAGCUCGCCCGCCCCGACGACACCAAGUGCUGCUAUCGCGACAGCGGCGGCGACAGCAAGGGCCGCGAGGGCCGGGACGCGGCGCUGCUGCCGCUGGAGCCGCCGCAGAGCGCCGGGAGCGGCCCGAACGGCCCGAACGGCGGCGGCCAUUUGGGGAACGGCCUGGGGAGCCUGGGCAGCCCCGCGGCGGCGUUCGGCAAGUUCGAGUUCGGCGGCGCCGAGGGCGGCGCGCAGGAGGCGCAGGGGUGCCCCGGGCUGGAGGCGGACCCGGCAGCGGCGCUGAUCGGGGACGGAGGGAAAGGAGACCCGGCCGGGCUGCUCUCGCCGCUGGGAGCCGGAGGGAACGGGUUUGUCCCCGGGCUGGAGGCGGACCCGGCAGCGGCGCUGAUCGGGGACGGAGGGAAGGGAGACCCGGCCGGGCUGCUCUCACCGCUGGGAGCCGGAGGGAACGGCGCGCCCUGGUACCCGCUGCAGCCGCGCUCCCGCAAGAAGCGCAAGCCGUACUCCAAGCUGCAGCUGGCCGAGCUGGAGGGCGAGUUCCUCGUCAACGAGUUCAUCACCCGCCAGCGCCGCCGCGAGCUCUCGGACCGCCUCAACCUCAGCGACCAGCAGGUCAAAAUCUGGUUCCAGAACCGCCGCAUGAAGAAGAAGAGGCUCCUCCUCCGCGAGCAGGCGCUCGGCUUCUUCUAG